AUGCCGAAGGCCACUGCCGUAACCAUCGGUGGUGGAGGACAGGACGAGACGGUUAACGGGUCCAUCGACGAUCGCGCCGGAGCGCCAGUACCACCCCGUGCGAGGGCAAGCGGCCACGCCGCACGCCAAUUGAGGAAGAAGACCUCCUGCGCGAUCUGCCCUGACCCGGUGCGUACGUCGAAAUCGUCCAUCAUCUGCGAGAGACCCCGAUCGCUGUCCCAUUCCGGCGGUCCACGAUCUGCGAAAGUUUCGUCAACUCCGUGCGCGAUCUGCCCUGACCCGGUGCCCACGUCGAAAUCGUCCAUCAUCUGCGAGAGACCCCGAUCGCUGUCCCAUUCCGGCGGUCCACGAUCUGCGAAAGUUCCGUCAACUCCGUGCGCGAUCUGCCCUGACCCGGUGCCCACGUCGAAAUCGUCCAUCAUCUGCGAGAGACCCCGAUCGCUGUCCCAUUCCGGCGGUCCACGAUCUGCGAAAGUUCCGUCAACUCCGUGCGCGAUCUGCCCUGACCCGGUGCCCACGUCGAAAUCGUACAUCAUCUGCGAGAGACCCCGAUCGCUGUCCCAUUCCGGCGGUCCACGAUCUGCGAAAGUUCCGUCAACUCCGUGCGCGAUCUGCCCUGACCCGGUGCCCACGUCGAAAUCGUCCAUCAUCUGCGAGAGACCCCGAUCGCUGUCCCAUUCCGGCGGUCCACGAUCUGCGAAAGUUCCGUCAACUCCGUGCGCGAUCUGCCCUGACCCGGUGCCCACGUCGAAAUCGUCCAUCAUCUGCGAGAGACCCCGAUCGCUGUCCCAUUCCGGCGGUCCACGAUCUGCGAAAGUUUCGUCAACUCCGUGCGCGAUCUGCCCUGACCCGGUGCCCACGUCGAAAUCGUCCAUCAUCUGCGAGAGACCCCGAUCGCUGUCCCAUUCUGGCGGUCCACGAUCUGCGAAAGUUCCGUCAACUCCGUGCGCGAUCUGCCCUGACCCGGUGCCCACGUCGAAAUCGUACAUCAUCUGCGAGAGACCCGAUCGCUGUCCCAUUCUGGCGGUCCACGAUCUGCGAAAGUUCCGUCAACUCCGUGCGCGAUCUGCCCUGACCCGGUGCCCACGUCGAAAUCGUACAUCAUCUGCGAGAGACCCCGAUCGCUGUCCCAUUCCGACUAUCUCUAGAGAUCCCUCACCCAAUUGUACAAAAUGCAAGAACUGGCAAGAAAUGUGGACGCUGAAACGAUGGCGAAAUUCGUUGGACUGAAAUGUGGUAUUCAAGGAUGUGAAAAACAAAUAGAUGGCUAUGUUGAUGAACUGAAGGAACACCACGUAAAAGAUCAUAGAAUGCCUUCUAGCUCAAAGCUUCCGUCGCAGAUUCAAUGUUCUAUUUGUGGGCAACAGUAUUGGUUUUUUAGUGCUCUGAAAACGCACAUAAAACAAAAUCAUCCUCGAAGAGACCUCCAGCCUGCACAACAAAAUGAAAAUAUCAUCGAAGAUCCUUCAGUUGAUGAGCUCAAUGCAAACGAAGCCGACAUGGAAAUAGCUAUAACGGGAUUGACAAACCCGCAUUUCUAUGAUUGCGAAAACGUUUCCCUCGAACAAACCUCCAGCAUCAUUUCAGAACUUAUAACAAACUUAAGAUGCGAUGUCUCGCUGCCUGAAAGUAAGCUGCAAGCUUUCAUAGGUGGGUUUUCAAAAAUUUUGAACAAUAGUCAAAAGCACACCAUGUGUCUGGUUAAAAAUUUCUUAUUGAAAAAACAUUCCAUUCAGCGAUGAAACAGUCGAUUUUAUUAAUUCUCUAUAUAUACCUGACCUGUCAACAGCUGUGAGCGAAGCAACCACCAACGUAACAUAUUUAGCUGUAAAAUCAGAUUGUUGCAUACCAGAACCUGAAACAAUAAUCCUAGGAAAACGUACAAAAACGCAGAACGUUUUAGUCAAUGCAAGUGGUAAGAGAAAAUUUUAUCAGAUGUUCAAAGACGAUUUGAGAGCAAAAAAAACUGUUACUGAAACGGAUAGUAUCCACUAUUUGUCGAUUAUAGAUACAUUAAAGCUUAUAUUCUCAAAUUCUGAGGCGCGCAAUAUGGUAGCGGAGGAGCAGCGUAGGUCAGAUGGGAUAAAUCAAUCUUAUAAAGAUGCUAAUCAAUUUUUAGUACAUCCAUUUUUGCAACGUUUCCCAAACGCUAUCCGUUUGUCAAUUCAUUUAGACGAGGGAGAAUAUUGCAACCCUCUAGGGUCUAGGAAGUCUAAAAACAAGCUCACAAAUGUUUACUUUAAAGUGCAAAAUUUUAACUCAAAGAUUAAUUCUUCUCUUGAUCGAAUUUAUUUGCUGAUGAUGAUAAAUUCAAAAUAUGUUAAAUCGUACGGAUACACAAAAUUGUUGGAACCGUUAAUAAGCGACUUGAAAAAGUUAGAAAGUGCAGACGGGGUACGUAUGAGUUUAGGACAAAAUAUAUUUACUUUACGAGCUGUUUUGGUCAGUAUUUUGGGUGACACUGCCGCAGUACACGAUAUUUUUGGAUUACUUUCGGCUUCAGCGAAUAAAUUUUGUAGGAUCUGUGAGAUUAGUCGGCCGCAAAUGCAUUCCGGGAUGUUAGGUGAACAAGAGCUUAGGAGUGUGGAAACUGUAGAGCGUGAAUUAGGUCAGGUACAAAGUAAAGUGAUCACUGCAAAAUCAUGUGGAAUCAAAGAAAAAUGUGCUCUGCAUGCGUUAGAAUAUUUUAGAUGGCCAGUCAAUUUCGGAAUGGAUCCAAUGCACGAUCUUUUGGAGGGCGUGGUCCCACUGGUAAUUAAACUAAUUUUGAAGUCAGCAAUAAGUGCAACUUUCAGCGAUACCGAUAUUAAUAAGCGUAUUUCUGAAUUCAACUAUGGUCCAACUGAAGUCGCAGACAAACCAACGUCAAAUUUCUCUACAAGCCAUUUAAAUGGCAAAGCAAAACUUGUCCAGAGUGCCUCACAGAACUGGUUGUUGCUGAGGAUUUUUCCAUUUUUAUUUGCUGAUGUUUUAAAUGCUGAAACUAGCGAAUU